AUGCACGUCUUCAGCACGCAGACCGCGCCCAUGCUGUUCCCCGCUGCACCGGAUUUCUUCUUGCAGCGCAUAAUCAGCGCCGCGCUGGACACGCCUCAUUUGCUGUAUGCGCUCUUAGCUGCCGCCUGUAGCCACCACAGCCGGCUUGUCCGAGACAAGAGUCUUGAGUCCCAGACCAUGUGCUUAAUGUUUACGAAUCGCGCUAUCUCGAGUCUGCGCGCUGCCUUGUGUGAGGACCAAGAAGCCAUUAAACCGGAGACGGUCACUGCGGCUAUGGCACUAUGCACGAAUGAUGUUUGUAAUGGGAAUAUGCCGGUCUGGAGGACGCAUCUCCGUGGCGUUCUGCGGCUGCUGACGGCCUUGGUGGACCGGCAGAAAGAACCGGGCCUUGGAGAUCCCUUCACGCAGGCUCUGCUGAAGUGGUUUACUACAUUGGAUUUGCUGGCAGGUCUGUCGGGUCUCCGGGCGGAAUGUGUCCACGAUGCCCGCGAUGGGAUGCUGGGCCAGUUAUGGAAGGGUGCCGAGGGUCGCGUAGAUGAUAUUUGCGGCUACUCGUUGGACCUGGUUCCGAUUCUUGGGCGAGCGUCGCAGCUAAUCCACCAACAACAUCUGAACCCACUGGUCGGAUAUGAGAGCAAUAUUCACGACUCAGAAGAGCGACAGCAGGUGACCAGAGAAGCCGAGACGCUUGAGAAACAAAUACUGUCUCUUCUUGAUAACACUACUCCUGAUUCCAUCCUCGACCACAGCAACCACCUUCGUACAGAGCUGCAGUAUACCAACCGCGCCUUUGCCUACUCCGCUCUUCUACAUCUCCACCGUCGAGUCCAACAACUCCAACAAAAUCACCCAAAAGUCAGAGCAGAAAUUAUCGGCAUUCUUGAUGCCGUGGCAAAUAUUCGACCCUUCUCCUCUGCCAACAUCCUGAUCCUCUGGCCCAUCUUCAGUGCCGGCUGCGAAACGGAAGCUCAAAGCGAGAGAGAGCUCAUCCAGACGCGGAUGGGCAACAUGCAAAGUCUAGGAAUGGGAAACUUUUCUCGAGCACGAAAACUGUUGUAUCAAUUUUGGCAAUCGGGCAGCUCCUUACCCUGGGACAUUUAUUUUGCACGGCUGGGGCUGGAGCUGGUCUUAUUCUAG